CUUAUUUAAGCCACUGCUCCAUACCAGAGAAAACUCGCCCACCCAUAAUAAUAAUAAUAAUAAUGAUUCAGGCACAAAUCCGUUUGUACGGAGCGAGGGGGGAAGUUCUUUAAAUUUCCUUUUUUAAACAAUGAAAUUCUUGGAGUUCGUUUCGUGCUGCGCACCAGCGGCGACGUGGGGCCGGACGGUUAGGCACCAGCCUAUUCGGAGACCGGAGGAGACUAGGUCGCUAGUUGAGCCGGUGCCGCGGAAGCGACGGAGAAGAAAGCUUGGGCGUCUCGGCGCCCCCGGCUCGACUUCGUCGGGAUCAUCGGGGGAGUGGAAGCCGUCACUAUCCUCAAUCUCCGAGGACAAAGUGAUCAUGGAGAAAAGAGAAGAGAAUCGCACGGUUGGAUCUGAGCGGCUCGUUAAGAGAAAGAGUAUCUCUAGAAGUCCCCGGUCUAGUGGCGGUAGUUGGAACUAUAACGACGAUUAUGGGCGAUCUGCAUAUCCGGUUGUGGUUCCAGCUUUUUCUCCAACACCCUUCGUGUUUUAAUGGCGCGAGGUUCAUAUUCCUCCAUUGAUUGGACGUGGGUGAAUUAAACUAGAUAGUAAAUUAUGAGGUGAUUUAGUCAUGUGGGAAUUUUUUUUUAUUUUUUAUUUUCCUUCUAAAAAAUAUAAAUGUGUAAAGUAUUUCUUUGGAAUGUAUAAAGCUAUUUGUCAUA